CUCUCGCCGCUGGCCGUCAUCGAAUCUGUUAGCACGAGCUCAGGUGAAGUGUUGCAGCUUCGAAGCCAACAAGUUCAGACCUGCGCUGAGACGCUACUGGGCUUGGACUGUAGACAGGAAUCCGAUGGCACUGUUGACAAUUCUUCUUUUAGCAGCUCGGAGCCUUUCUUAGUCGAAACCGUUAGCCCUGGUCACUCUCCAUCGAAGCUGCAAGCAGUCGGAAGUCAACGGCCGACUUUCUGAUGCUCCCGGUUGGCCAUGGCAUGGAAGAGUAGUUCAGAAGCUCUCGAGAGAUGGAAGCCCUCGAGAAACUAGAACGCUCAGAUUUCGAGCGGGCUGAUGCUCAUCGAGGGAGGAUAAAAGUCGCCUGUGACGAAAGCGUGUGAUCAUGAAAUCAUGCGAAGAUUGAUGUGCGUGAGAGAUGCGUCCAUGUCUGUGAGAAGAUUCCAGGGCUGCAAAUGGAGCGAAGCGGAUUCGACAUCAAGGAACGGAAUGAAGGCAAGCUUUGAGGGUGGGAGAUUCUCACAUACAUUCUCUUCGAGGUGUCCUCGCUCAGCGCUCAAUCAAACCCAGCAACUUGAUGUCUAAUCUCGCACUGGGUUCUCAGCGUCGUCAGAGGCGCAGGCAGGUCCGAAGGCAGGGCUCGAAUGAUUGGCAGUUUUGGCGAUACCGGAGAACUCGUGAUGGCCAUUCGUUCACCUGUCCCGAAUGGGCCCGUCCUCGGACAGCUCCCCGCAAGGCUCAAUUCGCGCAGCGAAGAAUAUCGAGCAUUCAGGUGUGUGGAUGUCACGCUCUAGCCAGCAAGAUGCAGGCCGAAUCAGGCUGGACUGUAGAGCUCGAUGCCCCUCGGAACCCGAUGGCUCGAGCAGAAUGCGGUCAACGUUUGUCGCACUCGAUGAUGGCGAACCCGCGAGAGCUCUCGACCACAAACAAAGGUCUGUUCCCAGCCCGGUUCCCGAGCCCCGAAGAUGGACAAUGAUUGAGCAAUUCGCCGUGCAGUCACCGAUCUUGACACGCCCGAGGCAGCAGCGCAAAGAAAUUGGGCAUGCUGCUUGCGCUCGGAGGGCACACUCCGCACUGUGCUUCGAAGACCGUCUGCGGGUUCUGAUCCCGUUGCUACAUGGGAGAGAUGAUGAAAAUCGGCGAACCCAUAUCCUGGGAGGCUAAAUUCACGGUGAGCUUUGGCAUCCGGCCGAGAGCGGACGCGAGAACUGCAGCUGGGGUCUCCAUAUCUUGUGGAAGGCUCCUGCAGACGGAGCAGGAGGGAUCGCAGGGAUUGACGACGCGAACAGCGGCCAGGUGUUUGCUUACGCGAUGAAUAUACAGCUCGAAUUCGAGCGGUGUUGGAUCAUGGGUGCGGAACAGAUGCGAGACCCAUGAGUCGGGGACGCAGCGCAGCUUGGCCGCGGCUGUGCAACAGCGCGUUCCGGUGGCAUUUAGUGUCAUCAGGAAUCAUGGUUGCGUACCGUUUUAGUCAGUGGGUCCCAUGGAUCUGUGUGCUUGUUUAUUCUCGAGCCCGCUCCCGUACCUCUCGUCUCCGCAGGCUGGAACCAGAUGCGGAGAUUCGAUGGCGGCAGAACCGCCUUUCGCAAUUUUCGGAUGCUAUAAACGGCCCUCGUCAUCUCCAGCUUCUUCAAUUGAACCAGUUCGCGCAUAAGCAAUUCUCUCUCUAUCUAAUCUACGUUUGCCUUUCAUUUCGUAAUCUCGCACACUAGUGCUGUAAUAUUACGCUCCUGCAUCAACACCGUGCGAUCGUACACUGGAAAUUCUCUCGCAUAGCUUCUCGAUUCCAUAAGUAGAUUGACCCGAGCGAAAUUCCUCGGGGUGAAAUCGGCACUUCUUCUUGCUCAAAAUCUCGUUCCAGUAUUUCUUCGCGGCCUUCGUGACAACUGCUGACCAGAUUGAAGAACGAGGGCCCUGCGCGUGGGAUUCCUCGGCGACCACGAGGUGGCAGAAUUCGGCUCGAUGGCGGACUUCGAGUCCGGUCAUCCGACACUCCUCGCGUCCGACGUAGCGUCGUGGUUCACGUCCGAUCAGGCAUGGUUGUUCCAAGCAUUCGCGAGCCAACCCGGCUCGAGCGCUUUCGAAUUCGACGGCAUGGCGACGGACGCAACCGCCACCGUGGUGUCCAGCUUCACCAUCACCCCCGACGUCUCGGAGAUGAGGACGGUGUUCGAGAAAUUCGACGAGAAUCACGACGGGCUCAUCUGCAGCGAGGAUCUGCGCAGCUUCAUGAGCAGGUUAGGGUUCCAGAUGUCGGAGGACGAGGCGAGGCUCAUGCUCGACAGCGUGGACCACAAUCGGGACGGCCGUGUCGACUUCGAGCAGUUUCUCUCGCUGUACAGGGCGCUCUGCGACGGAGAGUCCAUGGCCUCCACGUCCGCGUCGGCUUCCACGUCAACAUCGUCCUACGCGUCAGCCUACUCCCCGACCUCGGACAUGGAGGUCGAGAAGCAUUGCGUCUACGAGGAGGACAGCACUCUGCUCGAGGCGUUCCGCGUGUUCGACAAGAAUCAGGACGGCGUCAUCACGGCCCAGGAGCUGCAAUCCGUCCUGCUGGACUUGGGGAUGCCCGAGGGCCGCAGUCUGCGCAACUGCGAGAAAAUGAUCGAGACGGUCGAUGCCGAUGGCAACGGAGUGAUUGACAUCUCCGAGUUCAAGCAGAUGAUGAACUCCAGUUACGCCUUCUGCUGAAUUUCCGCCCCUUCGCGUCCUCAUAAUCUAGUUAGAUAGUUAGUGUAGCCCCCGGGACGCUGUACAGAAAACCAGUCGUCUAAUCUGAACUCAGUCUUUCGUGUAUUCAGUGUACUCCCAUCGGAAUCGCAUCCUCCUCAGCUUGCAUCUCGCAGAGCUCACACCAGGAUGAAUCAGGGCUGUACCACAUAGUGACUUUAGAGAAUAGAGUUAUUAGAUCGAGGUAGGAUUCACUUUUGACAGAAUGCGGUGAGUUGGGCCAGAGAAACUUCUUCCCCUUCCCGUUCUCUCCCCAUCCCUAGGACAUAAUUCAGCACCUUACAUGAAGAGGAUUGCUUCAUCGAGAAGCGCCACACCUUUACUUUAGAUUACUUUAGAUUACGAAACGACGUCUUAUUAGAUGAAGAAACUCGCUUCAUCGAGCUACGCCAUACCCAGUUAAGUCGCAGCCCAUGGUGACUAUGAAAUUUACUCGAUCAAAUAUGCUUAUAAAUAUGACCAGAGCUCCAGCCUCUGGAGUACAUACUUUUGUCUAAUCCUUGCAAUCGC